GUGGUCUCUAGCAUUCAACUCAGUCAAUCCUCCUAGAAAAUUCUCGCCAUACUCAUCUUUCCAUCAAAUCACCAUGGAUGUGGCUUCCCGGCAGUCUUUGAGACUGCUCCAGUCCUCCAACGGCCGACUUCUCGUUCCGAGCUCCCUCUCCGGUUCAUCCAUAGUCACAGCGAACACCUUGAACCGAGUCCGACGAAGAGAUGUCUCGAGUUCAGCUCGCAGGCCUGCUCCGGAAACCUCCUUUUUAAAUAUGGGCCCGACCUCCCUGCAGUCUGGAGGACCAACCACAUAUUUUUCUAACCGUCAGACACUGCCUCUUAACACCGUGGUUCGAUUCGUACCUCAGCAGACGGCAUGGAUAGUUGAGCGCAUGGGCAAAUUCCACCGGAUUCUGGAACCUGGUCUUGCGAUUAUGAUACCAUUCCUCGACCGAAUUGCCUACGUCAAGAGCUUAAAGGAGUCCGCGAUCGAGAUACCCAGUCAGAACGCCAUUACCGCCGAUAAUGUGACGCUGGAGUUAGAUGGUGUAUUGUACACGCGCGUGGUUGAUGCAUAUAAGGCUAGCUACGGUGUCGAGGACGCUGAGUACGCCAUUUCCCAGCUCGCGCAGACGACGAUGCGCUCCGAGAUUGGCCAGCUUACCCUGGAUCAUGUCCUGAAGGAACGCGCUACGCUCAACACCAACAUUACGCAAGCUAUCAACGAGGCCGCUCAGAGCUGGGGUGUCGUUUGCCUGCGUUACGAGAUUCGGGAUAUCCACGCUCCGGAAGGGGUAGUCGCAGCGAUGCAUCGCCAGGUUACAGCGGAGCGUUCGAAGCGGGCGGAGAUCCUUGAUUCUGAGGGUCAGCGCCAAAGUGCAAUCAACAUCGCCGAGGGUCAGAAACAGUCGGUCAUCUUGGCUUCGGAAGCCAUGCGUGCUGAACGGAUCAAUCAGGCUGCUGGUGAGGCUGAGGCUAUUUUACUUAAGGCACAGGCUACCGCGAAAGGUAUCGACCUUGUUGCCAAGGCCAUUGAGGCUGGGCAAGAGAACGCCCACGGAGCUCUCAGCCUCAGUGUUGCAGAGAAGUACGUCGAUGCAUUCUCCAAGCUGGCCAAGGAAGGUACCGCUGUUGUUGUCCCUGGUAAUGUUGGAGACAUGGGCAACAUGAUUGCGCAAGCCAUGGCCGUCUACGGCAAGGUCAGUCAAAGUCAGGCGCGAACUCUCGCAUCGAAGGCUCUGAAUGUGCAGGAGCUCGCUCAGACGGACUCGUCCAGCAGCCCCAAGGCCACUGAGCAAACGGGAGAGCGCCACGCUAGCAACGAUAUCUCAGAGACCUUUCAAGACGAAAUCGACCAGACAAGCCAGUCGACGAAAUAAAGUGAAGUGACACCAAGACGGUCCUUUACUGAAAUUCGCUGCCACCUUUAGCCUUCUUGUAUUCUUACCAUUGGUUCUAAUUUCCCCAUCGGCUGCUUCACAUUCUCAGCUUACGAUUUCUCAUAUGACAACGAUACUCUCCUACUAUCGCCUGUAACUUUAGUCUUGCCCUUUGCCGCUGCUAUGGCCGUCCAUUGGAUUCCUUGUGAGCCGUAUCUGAUUUCGCAUGAGCAUUGUUGUAUGAGCUGCGUUUUUUAAUUGUUUGACCACCAGAGAGAGAGAGAGAUAGAGAGAGAGCCCUCUCUCCGGCGGUGAUCUGUACAUUAAAUGAAAAGCGAAGUUAUGCUUUACCACAAGCAAUGUGUGUCUUGU